AUGGGCCUUUCCGAACGAAAAGUGAAGCAAAGGAUAGGCUCGGACCCUCGAAAUUUAGCAUGGGCAGAAAAUGCCGCUAAGUUUGGUCAUACUUAUCUCGCUAAACAUGGUUGGGCUCCCGGUUCCGGUCUUGGUGUCACAGGAGAUGGUCGGGUAUCACACAUUGCAGUUGCUCAAAAGUUGGACCAGCUAGGAAUUGGUGCAGGGAGACCAGAUGGACCCGAUUCUAUUGCGUGGAAGCAAGCCAAGGAAUUUGAAGGUUUGUUGGAGAGGUUAAAUGCUGCGAAUGGAGGCGCGGGUGGAGAUGUUGAAGUCACCGAAGAGUCCACGGAUGAUAUAGCAAAGAAUGGCGCAGACGAUGACGAGAACAAACGAAAAGAAGAGAAGGCUAGGAGAAAGGAGAAGAGGAGAGCAAAAGCCGAUGCAACGGUGGAACCUAGCGAGUCAGCUCUUUCAGCAUCCUCGACAACAACACCAGAGUCCACGCCGGUGGUCACGCCCGCACCACGAAGACUAGCUCAUCGUGCCCGUUUUCUAGCUGCCAAGCGUCUUGCUGGAACGUCGACCACCGCUCUUUCCGAAAUUCUUGGGGUAUCCUCCACGCCCGCUUCUACUUCCGACUCUACACCUAUACCAUCCACACCAGCAACUCCCGGACUUACAGAAAUCCCAGUUCUAGAUGAUUCAAACCAAAUCACUACAUCUUCACAGAGCGUUGCAGACUACUUCAAGGCCAAGAUGCGCGAGCGAGUUCAGGCAGCCGGGGGAGCAGCCAGUAUUUCAACUGCCAUCGUAACUUUUGAAGAGCCAGACACGGAUUCAGUGCCUCGGACGGGGCUGGGAGCUCGUCGACAAGGCCAGGAAGAGGAAGGGUCUGAAAGGCCAGCGGGCCUGGGUUUCGCGACUGCUGGUGCGGGCCUUGGCUUCACGGGUGCCAGUAUGGGCAUCGGAUUUAAACGUGCUGCAUCCCCCCCAGCUGCACCCACACCCGAAUCGCAUACACCCACGCCCACACCCACAUCCGACAAUGCCGAACCGACAAAAUCUGACAAAGAGAGGCGGAAAGAGAAGAAGAGAAAGCGGAAAGAACAGGAGACUACGUCUGAUGUGCCUGCUGCGGAGAACGAUGCACAAGAAGAAGAGCGGAAGGCUGCUAAGCGUGCUCGGAAGGAGGCAAAACGCGCAGCACGACAACAGCAACAAGAGGAGGGCAAGACUGUCUUAACUGAUAAUACUGGAGAUCGCUCGUCCAAAAAGAAGCGAAAAUUGAAGGGGGAUAAGGAGGUUGAUUAG